AUGAUCUUGAAGUUCGCAGAUGUGCUCAGCACAGCAGAGUUUCAGAUGAGAAAAGCUGCCGAAGAACUGCGGGCUUGGGUUACAGAGGCACGUGAACAGAUGCCUCCACUGGAAGUCCGUCAUUGUGCUUUCUUCCCCCGGCACCGAAGUCUGCAUUCCACGGAGCCCUUGCUGCCAUUGCAGGCAUCAGAUACAGCCGAAGACCUCAACGACGCUCCCAAGCAAACCGUGGGUCUGGAGCCCGCCAUGUCCACUCUGAGAAUCAGCAAGACCAAGUUUUCAGUGCCAAAGGCUAAGGCAACAGCAAAAAGGAAACGCGAGGAGGAGGCCAGGACUGCUCAGGCCGAAACGGAGGCCAGCUUCAAGUCCACAAUGGUGGGUUUUUUGAUGAAAGAGCAGGACUUUGACUUGGCCCAGGCAUCUCAAGUUGCCAGUGUGGCAUGGCAGAGGAAGCUCGCGACCGAGAAAAAGCCCAAGCCUAAGGCGAAGCGACCUUCGGCUCCGGAGGCUGACCAGGGCAGCGACCAUGAGCCCGUGGACAAGGAGCCGACCCUCACCGACUACCUGGAGUUCAAGAUGUAUUUCUUGGAGGUCGAACCCGAGGUCCCCGCUCGUCGUCCGUCCACCCCGAAGAAGCCGAAGCCUUCCGGCGGGGUUUGUGCAGCAGAGUUCUUUGCGGGCAGUGCAAGAUUGUCUUCGGCUUUGACAGCAGUUGGAGUGCCAUGCGAAAGCUUCGACUUGAAACUGUCUACGCAGCACGACUUUAGCAACGCGGGGAAGGUGAGGUCCAUGUUGCAGAAAGUCGUCGGUAGCAGCAUUUCCUAUGCACACUUUGCCCCUCCAUGCAAUUCCUACAGCAUUGCCCGUUGGCCGAAGCUGAGGUCCAAGGACUACCCGGAAGGACUACCAGCCUCGAAGUCCAAGAAGCCGAAAAGCCGUCAUCAGCAAGCAGAGCUUUGCCUGGCCAACCGCAUUGUGAACAACACGGCUGACAUGAUGGACGACCUGAUGGCCCGUGGAGUCCCAUGCAGCCUCGAGAACCCGAACAGUUCUUUGCCCCUGGGCCAGGCUGUGGCGAAUGCCAUCUAUCAGGUAUACUCCCAAAGCCCUGUGAUGAGACCCAGCGAGCUUCGGUCUUGGUAUGGCUGCGAAUACAAGAAACGAACCGUCAUGCUGGUUAACACGAGCAUCCUCGACCCGCUGGAGAAGAGGAGAAAAUCCUCCGGAACCCUCGAGACACCGCCUGAUGUGUCAAAGGCUUUUGUGCUGUUCCCCGGGAUCCAACGCGCGAUCGAGACCUUCGAAAGCUGGUGGCGCGAGCAUCAGGAUGUGGAGGGCAUUAUGAAGGCCCUCUGGCCCGACCCCGAUUCCCAGCAGGCAUGGGUCAUGAAGCUGGACCAGCUCUUCCCUCCCGAAGACGGUGUGCAGUAUCUCCAAGCCGAGUGGGGAGAUCAUGGGCUCAAGAACUUGAGACCGUGGCACUGGGGAUGGACCAAAGCUUGUGGCAACAAGGGCACAGUCACCAAGGAGAACUUCUUGUACUUGCUUCAAUCUGUGAUGGCAAAAGGAUUGGUCACAGACACCUUGGAGGCAGGCAUUGAGCUUCCCCUCAUCAUGCCUGCACGACCUACCUUCCACGACGACCUUUGCAGCACGGUGACUGUGAAGGAAUUGGCCCCGGCAUUCUCCGUGCAUGAGAUCAAAGGAUGGACCCGGGUGACGGCAAUGUACAUUGCAGUUGCUGCCGCUGAGACAGCCGGCAUCUUGGACGACUACGUUGCCUUCCUGAAGGCAACCGGGAAGCUACACAACUUUCAGACGCAGGUUGCGAACUACAUGAACAUCCCCGAGGGCAAGGAUGAGAUCGACAUCAACCGCGAUGUCACUUUGGUGUCGGUGCUGAGUAGAUCGAAGCCGAAUUGCUUUACCUAUGUGCACCAGAUCGACAAGCGGGUGCAACUCUUCGAUUAUGACCCGAGACAGCAGCUGAACGCUUUCAAAGAAGCUGCUGCGCAAUUCAACUUGUCACGAGGAGAGUCCGAUGCGGUGGAGAACUUGCUCCUACACAUUUCCCCGGCGAGCCGCGAGAUGCUAACUAAAAUGUCGUCUACAUUUGGCAUGGUGAGAGGCCCGAUCAGCCACUCGGGCAUCGCUUCCAGAGCACUGCGAAACAACUUUCACCGUGAGUCGGGCAUCGCCUUCUACGAAGACAAGCUGGGCAACGCUGAGGGGACUGUGGAACUCAUACUGUCCCGGGUGUACAAGGACUAUAUCAACACGGCAGUUGGACUGCGAACGUCUGCUAGCGAUGAAAAGGUUCAGCAGCUGCAGAAAAUCUGCCGCAUGUUCCAGUUGUUCUUGGAGCAAUUGGCAACAAGGCUUUCGGAAGAGGUCUUCAGCGCCGAGCGCCCCAACCUCGUGGAGUGCUUCAUGUCCUGUAGCUUCGACGAUGAGCUGCUUGAACAAGCAGAAAAACUCCCUGUCCCUCUCGACUGCGCCGCCCUCGCGGAGUUCCGGCACUUGACGCAACGGGCGGCGAACCAGCUCAGGAACGAGGAGCUCAGGAAGAAGAAAGAGCUUCAAACACAGGUCGACAAGGCCUCGAUUCAGAGCCUCACGGAGCAAAUGACGCAGGACGUCGAGGCCUUGAAGACCUAUGACAAAAGUCUGGCCGAAGCGAAAGAGCUGUGGGGUGGUUAUGGUGCAAUCAUACAAAAGGAAUCGUCGGAACAAAGGCUUGGCAAGAGUCGAGGACAUCAUGAACACACGCCUGAGUGUGCAGGUUUUGGAGGUGGGCCCAAAUGGUGGGUUCAAGUCCAUCCCCAAGCACUAUGGACUCUUCAAGAAUGGUGCGGCCAAGGACAUGGACCUGAAGGACAUCGUCGAUGCCGACACGAAGAUUGA